AUGAAUGCCCUCGAUUUCCUAGUGGAAUUUGUUCACCUCGAAGGCACCUCAGACCAUCUACUUCCGCAGCACAACCAAAAUACCAGCGCUUCCAAGCAUCCGAUAUGCAAAACAGGAGUAGAGAUGAUGACUUCAGCGCAUGCCAUCGCUUAUGAGCAGUAUCAUUUUGCGCAGCAAGCAUCCGAACAAGAAGCUGCAUUCACUAUCCCUACAAACCCACUGUCUACGCAACACAUGUUUCCAGUAUCAGCAAGUCAUUUGCCUGAUACCAGCGUUGCCAACUUUGAACAUCACGACAUACCGCAUCCUUCAAUAGAGCACGACGACCACGCGUCACAGACAUUCACUGGACAUCCACUGAAAGAGGAGAGGGACGAAUCUUCUCACAAAGCAAUAUCCUUCAUAUCGCAAUCAUACUGCCAGCAAUCAAAUGGCCAUGCACCAUGGAAUACAGGCUACGAAGCCAGCAACACUCAACCCCCUGUCCUGAACACACGGUACGACCCUCAUACACCAUACAUGUCCCAACCCUUCCAACAACACGAAACACAUUACAUAUCCUCCUCCGAGAACGCCUCACCCGUCCAAAUCCAUUGCACCAACAGCAUCUGCAGAUGCUGGACCCAAGAACCACAAACUUAUCACCCGGUAGAAAAUACAUGGCCACCCUGGAACACAACAACCCACACCCCACAUGGUCUCGAAGUCCCACCCACAUACACCGAAUGGGCACCUGGAAAAUCUACUAGAAGGCCCAAUUUCAGCACUGCCUAG